UUCGCAUAAUUUAGCGACGAGCAUGAUGCGUCAUAAUUUUCUGAUAACAACGAGUCAAAUAAAUAGGAAUUACUCUUUGUACGCUGAAAGUUAAUGAACAAUAUAGUCAGUUAUCUCAAUUCUCUCGACAUGUCAGUCACAGAAAUAUUUUUAAGCCAUAAUUUACAAAAUUCUUAUUAGGAGCGACAUAGAACAAAACGCAUUAUAGUAAGCGCUUCGCAUCAGCUGUUGUAAAAAAAAAAUAACGGGAUAUCGCGAACGAAAACUGGUCACACCGACGGCCACAUCAAAAAACUGGGGGUCUGGCGUGACCCUGUUAUUUCUAUCCUGCAAUAAAAUAGCUGUGUAAUUUAAGAUAGUUCGUGUGUGCUUCGAACAGUGUUUUAUAGUAAAUUCUAGUGUAAUUUAUGAAGAAAUUAUGGAACGCGCGACGGGAACAGAGGUGUACGGGUGUGGCUCGCCCCAAUCCUCGGACAUAACGCUGAAUAUACAAACUACUACGGGUGGUAAUUUCUCCAUCAGUUUGAACCCUAAAAAUACAGUGGAGCACCUGAAGAAGUUAGUUUCGAAGAAACUUAAGGUGUCUAAAGAUAGAUUAUGCUUGCUGCAUCGCGAAAGACAACUGAGGGAUGGGACGCUAGAAGAGAACGGUCUGUUGGAUGGGUCGAGGGUAAUCCUCCUGCCGAGCGUCGAGACGGGCUUGCUGAGCCAUAGACCCGAGAAUUCUGUGAUGCAAGCAUUGGAAUCCCUAAAUGACACUCAGGUUAAUGACUUUCUAAGUGGUAAAUCUCCACUGAACCUGACAAUGAGGUUAGGUGACCAUAUGAUGCUGAUCCAGUUGCAAUUGUCCACCCUAAACUCGAGUUCCAGUGGCUGCAGAUCCUUGAGAACAUCCACACCUUCCAAAAACUCUUCAACAUCAAUACGGACUAGUAAAAGUGACGCCAGGGAAUCACCCAGCCCUCAGACAGCAACUCAACCUACCUGUACACCUGUGCCCACUGACCACUCUUACAUCAGUAGUGAAACACCUAAACCAGAACCAGCAGCUCCACAUGGGCUACAGAAGCAAGACUUUGAAAUGCUACAGAAUUGUUUUGACCUAUAUCGUUCUAUGGCUGAAGAGAAAUACAGUGACAAAAGUGAUACUAGUGAUGACAAAGAUGAUACAAUGGACACAUCUAAUGGCACAAUAUCAGAUCUCUCUGAAACAUCAAUAGAAAGUGAGCAAUCUCCCAUCAAAUCUUUGUCCAACCUAGUGUCCAGUCCCAUAGAUGCAGCUGCAACAGAAUCUUCUCCAAAUAAAGAUGGUGCUGUCAACUCUGUGAAAAAUAAUAGAUUGAUAGAUUUUCUCACUCAAAAUAAAAUAAGCAAUGAUGUGAUACCCUCAACAAGUGCCAUCAGUGACAAGCAAAGCCCCUCAACAUCGUCUCACACUCCAGACAGUUCUCUCAGUGAUGACAGUGAUAAUUUUACAGACCAAAGUUCAUUCCUUGCUGAAAGUCCUAUAGAUGAAUAUCCUAUGGAAAACCUUUUCAACAGUGCCGUUGACAAAGGAUUAUUUGAAGAUCAAGAUGAAUCUAUGAUGGAUAGGGAAAUAUCUAAUCUGGCUACAACUAGUCAUGGCAGUCAAGAAACUAAUUCAGGCACUCUACCACCUUUCCAAAGUAUAAAUGAACCUUUGAAAAAUAAGAGAUUCCAGUAUUUACUGCACAAGACAUCUAAAUUCAAACAUCCAAUUGGUCAAAAUAAACAGAAAGCAUUCAUGCAGUCUGUUCCUAGCAGUGGUCAGACUGAGGAUAAUCCCACUCCAUCCACAUCCAAGCAGAUUGUAUUUAAGGCACCAGAUGCUCCGAAGAAGCCACAAAGAGCAUCACCAACACCUCCAGUUGACACCAAAGCUCUCAUUGAAGCCUCAAAGAAUUUGACUCAGAAACUAAAGAAAUUGUCUAAAGAGGUGUUGACUAAUAAAAUUGAUCUGAGGACAGCUGAGGAGACAGUGUGCAGAAAAAUUGGUCCCGGCGCUGUGAUAGAGUCCAUGAAGCAUCAUGGCAAAGGAAUUUAUUCUGGGACUUUUUCAGGUACACUGAACCCAGCUCUACAAGACAGUAAUUUGAGCGAAAUAUGGCCGACCCAAACGAGAUAUAUCUACAAUAAUUCAUAUACUGAAUGACUUGCUAUGUGCUGCGCCACCCAUAACUAUAGCUCAGAAGGACGCGAGCUACUCGUGUGCGACGAGCGCGACUGCGGACGACGGCAGCAAGUGCCUGGGCUGCAACCAGCAGGCGUGCCUGUACGGCCAGUGCGACGGGCACCUGCCGUCCACGUCCGCCACGUCGGUGCCGCGGCGCUGCACGUGCGACGGGCCCAAAGACUGUCAGUGUCGACGACUCGACCCAAAGCUGUGCCUUGCAUGCGUCGGCAAGUCUGCCGAUAAGAUAUGCAAGAAAUGUGAUACUGCUAAGACUCUAGCCCUGGAGAAUUCUAAAACUAAAUGCAAACUGGAGCAACUAAGGCUCGUGAUGCAACAGAAGAAGCAGAGGCGUGAAGCACGGAAACUAAAGACUUUGCCUUAUAGCAACGCGCCUUCCAAGACGAUAUCGUCGCCCGAGCAGGCGCCCGUCAUACAACAGGAGGAAAUAGAAACAGUUGCCUAACACUCGGUUACAUCCGCGUAAAUUAUUACUCGCGCUUCUAGAUUUGUAACGGUACUCCGCCAUCUUGUCUUGCUUUUGUAUGGAAAUUACUAAUUGUUUCAGUUAUCUCACUAAAAGUAUAUCACAUUAUUUUAUUUAUGCACAGGAUGUAUUCCAAUAGCAGACAUUGGUGACUUGACAAUUAAAAAAUUGUUACACUGUGUUAUCUUUGUGUAGUUAUUAUCGACCGUGCAUACUUAAGUUUUGUUAAUGCGUGUCGACGAUACAAUUCCAAGAUUUAUUUUACGCAUUUUAAAUGACUAAUGUUUCCUAGAUAUACAAAAUGAAAACAUGCUAAUGGUAAAGUAGUUUAUUGUACAGUCAUACUGGGUAAAACUGGAUCUACUUUGUAAUAUUGAACCUCUUUAUAUCAACUCUUUUGGUUGAAGUAAUUUUAUCAGAUUGUAGUGACAAAACUUGAGCAUGCAUGGGGGCGCAAAAACAUGAACCGAGUGCGGACGAUAUUCUAAAUUACCAUAUUAAAUAGUUUGGAUAUAAUAUACCCAAUAACUUUAAGUGCUAUUUACGCAUGUACAAAUGAUAAAGAUUGAUUAGCGAAAUCACUAGUUCGUAGCUAAAGUAAGAUACACGACAUACUUGCCUGGCGCGGCUUCAAAUUGAUUUUUGUUGUUAUAUUUUAGAUUUUAUUUUAUUGGUUCGAAGUUUUAGACACUUGUGUACCUAGUAUAAUUUUUUGAACAUCAUCUAUUGAUUGAUAUUCGACAUUACGGGGUUUAUUAGUAACUAACGCAUUUUAUUAAUUCAUCCUCUAAGAAAAAUUUAUAAAUUUAGGACAAGUGAUCUUAUAUCCCACUUUUUUUAGUUAAUAAUUGGCACUGUUAUUCUUAUAGUUAUUUUUUUUCUUUGUUUUUCUUUUCUCCUUUCACGGAUAUGUUGUUAAAGAUAAUAAAAAUGUUUUCUGGAUUACACAUGUUGCGUUUAGUUUGUUGUAUUUUUUAUGACAAUUUGGUUUCAAUUAAUAUUUAUUAUGUAAAGAAUUCCAAUGUGUAUAAACAUGAGAAUGAACUACCGCGAGAUGACGAUCAUAGAGACACUAGAAAUAGCUUUGUACAUACAUAAUAUUAUGCAAAAGGUUUGGUAGUGGUAAAGUGCUUUUUGAGUAUAAUUCAUCGAUUUUAUAAAAAAACUUAUCGUUCAAUUGCCUAGAAAUAAUUUAGGGGUUUAUUGUGAAAUAUCUGUGAAUACUAAUUAGUAGGUUUAACUAGAGACCCACUAAACAGCGGCAGGACUACAAGCGCUAUAGAAUUGUAUAGAAAAUACAGAGACAUAUGUUAUGCUUAAGUUAACAUUGAUAAUCUCCCAAUUUGAUUGUUCCUUGAGGGUGUACGAUGUGUAACUAAGCAAAGAAAUACUGUAAAUGAUCAAAAAAUAGAAAAAUUUUGCGUCUAAACACCACAUUGGGAAUGGUUAUCAUGUAUUACUGACUAGUCUUCCAAAAGAAGUCCAGAAUAAAAUGUUUUCCUCAAUCCGAUGAUGGUAAGGGACCAAAGACCAGGCCAAAACAAUUCAUAAGCAAUAAUUAAAUUCUUAUUAUAUCAUAUCCACUUUACCCGGGCCAGGUUGUGGUCAUGACUGAACGGCGACUUCUGAACAUCAGAAGUGUUGGAGAGGAAAGCAAAUGAGAGAAAGUGUCUCUAGAUUGUCCCUUAAUGCAUUUUAUUUCUCCACAAAAUUUACUACGCUCUUAUUUUCACGUGAUCUUCAUAUCACACCUCACAGUGCGAGACUUAUAGUAUUGCUGUGUAAUUUGCUGGAAUCAUUGUUAUGUAUGCUGUCUUCCAUUUUGUUAUAUGCAUGUCGUUCUAUGAUGCUGUGCACGCCUCACUCUAGUUGGUAAAUCCGCUAUUCAGUCGUGACGAAUUGUUUCCUUCCAAAGUGCCUCUAACUGUAAGGUACAUUGUAUUUAGUGUUGUGCCAUACGUGUAUACUAUUUAAGUUCCAUAAUUUAAAUGUUUAUGGCACUAUUCCAAGUUCGAAUGUUCUGUUCGAUCUCUUACCAAUCAUGUUCCUAAGAUCUCAAUUUAUUUUUCCGACAACUGUAAUGUUUUGGCGGCAAACUUAUUCGGUCUAUUGUUUUUGUAAAUACAUUUUGUUACCGUUUAAUUUAGUCGUGAUGAGUUUUUGUUAUAAGGUUUUGAGGGAAAAUCGUAAAUUGUUUUUUUGUCCUUGUAUUGCAUGUCUAGUGAGGAGAAUAAAGUUACAUAACAAAAGUACUGUGUUGUUUUAUACAAAUCCUCCACAAUAUUGUCUAGGAAGUUCAUCAAAAUGUUACCCUC